AUGAGGAGCAUAGCAUCUUGUUACAGUGAACACGCCAUCAAAGUGUCGGACUCUUAUUGUUCAGGGCCUUCAGGUCAGGCCUAUCUCUCUCCCAACCUUGCUCCUUCAACCCCAAAUACUGUAACGUGUAUAUACAAAGCUAAAAUCUCCUCUCAAAGAAAACUUCUGAUCACCCUCACAUGGUGCAACAACUUAAUAGGCCAAGGCUUAACGAUCAACGUUGGUGAAAGCCUGUCUACUCCAUCUAAAUUCAACUCCAAUUCUCACCAACUGAGAAAGAAAAAAGGCAGCAAAACAUUCAAAUCUUGCAAUUCAGAGAUUGAAGUCUAUUGGGAUAUCUCUAAUGCUCGGUAUAUCAACGGACCUGAACCAAGUACCAACUUUUCUGUCAUAGUUUUAGUUGACUCAGAACUCUGUCUACGUCUUGGGGAUAUGAAUGAAGAACUAAAUGUCAAAAACAUUCGAUCAGAACAAGAAGCAACUCCAAAAUUCUCAUUGGUUUCACGAAGUGAAAAUUUCAUAGGCAGUACUGUUUAUUCAACAAAGGCACAAUUCUGUGAUACAGGAUUGGCUCAUGACAUUUUAAUCAACUGCAGUGGAGGAGAACAAGGUUGUAGAAAUCCUGUAUUGUCUGUCUGCAUUGACCAGAAGAAGAUUUUUCAAGUGAAGAGAUUGAGAUGGAAUUUCAGAGGGAACCAAAUAAUUUUCUUGGAUGGAUUAUUGGUGGAUAUGAUGUGGGAUUUGCAUGAUUGGCUCUUUAAUCAAACAUCAGGCUGUGCUGUUUUUAUGUUUAGAACAAGGAGUGGGUUGGAUAGCAGGCUUUGGUUGGAAGAAAAUAGCAGCAGCUUGGAACAGAAGGAGAAAGAAAGAGCUGAGUUCUCCUUGUUGAUCUGUGCUUGUAAGAGUCCUGACUAG